UGCGGCGCGAUUUGUUAGGAGGAGAUCCGAGCUCGGAUAUUUCAGUCUGGUGAUAGUGCUAGCGAUUGAUACGCUUUAAGCAACGGAUAUUUCGUUGUUUUCAAUUAAAUUUGAAAAUACAACUGCGAUUAUGUGGGUUUCUCUUUGCUGUUGUAAAUACAAAAAAUAUUGAAAUCUUUUAUGAAAUAAUUUCUUAUUUGUUGUUGUUCUUCUUUUGGGGGACUUCACGGAAGAGAGGAAGAUAUGUCUGUAAUUGCAGUAUCAUCUUACGCAGUGUCUAUCAAAUCAUCCUCUAUCUUCCAUUCCAAGCCUUUCAAAUGGAGCUUAUUCCUUCAGCAGAGCAAUUCUGCUCUCCAUUUUAGGCGAAAUCCAAGUUUCUCAUCUUUAAAAGCAUCAGAUAACGGAUUUGUAGUUGUGGAAGACGAUCUGCAUGCCUUGUUGGAGAUUCUGCCACAAGAUUUGCAUGAGAAUCUUUGCAAUGAACCCAAAAGAUCUCAACUUUUAGAGGUUAUAUUGGAUUUGGGUCGCUUGCCAGAAGCACGUUACUUGGGUGAAUGUGGUGGGCAAUAUUUAAGGAGUACAGAGGUAUCAAUGCAAGAAUUAGAAGAAGCUCAAAAUGCUGUUGGAGAAUUUGGAGGGGACAACAGAGCUGGCAUUGAGGGUACCCUGCACAGGAUCUCUGCAAUUAGAAGCCGGAAAGGGUUGAUUGUAGGUUUGACAUGCAGAGUUGGACGGGCAGUUAGUGGUCAUAUCGACAUGGUCCGCGAUCUUCUUCAAUAUAGGGAAAGCAUCUUAUUUCUUGGGCGGCCUGGGGUAGGCAAGACUACUGUCAUGCGGGAAAUUGCACGUGCAUUAGCAGAUGAGCUUCACAAACGAGUGGUAAUUGUUGACACUAGCAAUGAAAUAGGAGGGGAUGGUGAUGUUCCACAUGCUGCAAUUGGUGGUGCACGAAGAAUGCAGGUUCCAGAACCAUCCAUGCAACACAAAGUCAUGAUUGAAGCAAUAGAGAAUCACAUGCCAGAGGUAAUAAUUGUUGAUGAGAUUGGCACUGAGGCAGAGGCACUUGCUUGUCGUUCAAUUGCAGAAAGAGGAGUCAUGCUCAUUGGUACAGCUCAUGGGGAGCGACUUGAGAACAUAAUAAAGAACCAUACACUUUGUGAUCUGAUAGGUGGAGUAGAAACUGUUACUCUAGGAGAUGAGGAAGCCCGAGCAAGACGUUGCCAGAAAAGCAUACUCGAGAGGAAAGCUCCUCCAACAUUUCCUUUUCUGAUUGAGAUGAGGGAAAGGCAUUACUGGGUUACUCAUCGUACAGAAAGAAGUGUGGAUAUGUUGCUUCAUGGUAAAAGGCCACUGGUUGAGGUUAGGAAGAGGGAUGAUCAAUUCAAGGUUGUAAUUGAAAGAUGGAAGGCAUAUGAUGGGGACGGAAUUUAAUGUAUUUCUAAGAGGGGCUCCGAAGUGGUUAAUAUCCUCUGGGCUCAAAGCUUGUAUACUCCUUGAACAAAAGUAAAAGCAAGAAGAAAAUGGAGAGAAUUCCAGUAUACUCUACAUCCGAAAA